UGCUAGGCCGUUUAGUUGCUCGUGAUGAGUAGGUAUAAAUUCGAAGCAUGUAAAAGUCAAUCGACAACAUCGACAAACAGUACUAAGAUAUUUAACUGCUAUCUGAAAUUUACAACUGUUAUUGCUAAUCGCUAUUAACAAUGUCUCUCCAACCCUUCUUUGAAUUGCACCCCUUCCAAGACGUCUUUUCUGACUUUUUGAGUUAUUCUCCUCGUGUCCAACGCCAGAACCGUGUUGGUGAUUUGUCACCGGCCAUUGAUGUUCAUGAAGGCAAAGAUACCGUCGAGGUGGAUGUAGAACUUCCUGGUGUCAAAAAGCAAGACGUACAGGUUCAUUACGAUGAAGGAAAAUUGACGAUUUCUGGUGAAUCUGUAAACGAACGCAAGAGCGAAAGCGACAAAGGAAACCAAAGAUGGUCGGAACGUCGCUUUGGUUCCUUCUCUCGAACAAUCACCAUUCCAAACAGGGUGGACGCCGACCGCAUUGAAGCUCAAUUUAACCACGGUAUUCUAAGCAUUGUCUUGCCAAAGAUUGAAGAAUCUCGCUCGAGAAAGCAAAUUGCCAUUCACUGAUUCUAAUUCAGCAGAGACAGACUAUGAAGUGAAUCGGAAACUUUUAACGCACAAUAAUUUCGAAUGACGAGACGAGUUUACGAACACACGGUUCCACUAAUUUAGAAGUGACAUUGUCUAUAUUUACGAAAAGUAAUUUAUGAAUUAAUACAAAAACUUACUAAUUUUUUUUUUUAUUAAUGAAAUAAAACUAAUUGAAAUACCACGAGUUGGAAAUUGAUUGCUGUACCUAUGUAAAAAGAAUCUACAA